AUGACUUCUUCCAUCGCCUUCCCAGGAGUGCUUUCCACUCCCUCCUCCUCCUCAUAUUCCUCUUCUUUAACCUAUCAAUGGAGUUACGAUGUAUUUUUGAGCUUUCGAGGUGAAGAUACCCGUAAUAAUUUUACUGCUCAUCUUUACAGUGCUUUGCGUCAAAAGGGAAUUAACACUUACAUAGAUGACGAGCUUAGAAGAGGAGAAGAAAUUUCAUCGACACUUGUCAAGGCCAUUGAAGGCUCAAGGAUUUCAAUCAUUGUAUUUUCUGAAAACUAUGCAUCAUCCACAUGGUGUUUGGAAGAGCUAAUAAAGAUCCUAGAGUGUAAGGAAUCAAAGCAACAAACGGUUCUACCGGUGUUUUACAAAGUUGAGCCAUCAACAGUACGCCAUCAAAAAAAUAGUUUUGAAGAAGCAUUGGCUAAACAUGCAGAAGACAAGUUCAAUGAUGGUGCUGUGAAGGUUCGGAGGUGGAAGACAGCCCUGAAACAAGUGGCCAAUUUAUCUGGUUGGCAAUUAGGGAUAAACGGGAACGAAUCUAAAUUUAUCCAAGAGAUUGUUGAAGAGGUCUCAAGAAUAGUACUAAAUCGUAUUAACUUGCAUGUUGCCGAUCAUCCAGUGGGAAUAAAGUCUCGUGUAAAAGAUAUUAAUAUGCUUUUAUGUAUUGAGAUGAAUGAUACACGCAUGAUAGGGAUCUUUGGCAUUGGUGGAAUUGGUAAGACAACUAUUGCAAAAGUGAUGUAUAACCUCAUUGCUGAUCAGUUUGAAGGGAGUUGUUUUCUUGCAAAUGUUAGAGAAACUUUCAAUCCAGAUAAGGGUGGUCACAUCCAAUUGCAAGAGAAAAUUCUUUCUGAGAUCCUAAAAGAUCCAAGUUUAAAGGUUGGUCAUGUUGAUCGAGGAAUCAGUUUGAUAAAGGAGAGACUUUGUUGUAAAAAAGUUCUUUUAGUUCUUGAUGAUGUGGACCAUUUAUACCAAUUAGAGAAAUUAUGUGGAAGUUGUGAUUGGUUUGGUUUAGGAAGUAGAAUCAUCAUAACAACAAGAGAUGAGCAUCUACUAGUUAAGCAUAAUGUUGGUUUGAAAUAUCCCAUGAAUGAAUUGGAUUUCGGUGACGCUUUUAAGCUCUUUACUUGGCAUGCCUUCAAAGCUGACAAACCUGAUGAUGGUUUUGUGGAACUCACAAAACUUGUAUUGCAAUAUGCUGGUGGCCUUCCCCUCGCUUUAACAGUGGUAGGCUCGAAUCUACGUGGAAGAGAUAUAUGUUAUUGGAAAACCGAAUUGGAAAAGUACAAAAAAGUCCCAGAGAAAAAGAUCCAAGAAAUACUCAAAAUAAGUUAUGAUGGAUUAGAUUAUUAUGAGCAAAAGAUUUUCCUUGACAUUGCAUGUUUUUUCAAAGGAGAUGACAAGAAAUAUGUGACUAAAAUACUGGACGGUUGUGGUUUUUUUCCCGAUGCUGGUAUUAGAAACCUCAUGGAUAAAUGUCUCAUAACUGUUGAUGAAUAUGACCAAUUGAGGAUGCAUGAGUUACUUGAAGAUAUGGGCAAAGAAAUUAUUCGUGAAAAAUCACCUGAAAAACCUGGGAGACGAAGUAGGUUAUGGUUUCAUGAAGAUGUUCGUUAUGUACUUGAAGAAAAUACGGGUACAGAGCAAAUUGAAGGCAUAUUGAUAGACCUGCCUCGAGGGGACCGCAUUAUACGCUUGAGUCCCAAGAACUUAACAAGUAUGAAUUUUCGUGAAUGUGAAUACUUGACAAAAAUAUCGGAUCUUUCAAGGUGCUCAAAUUUAAAGGAGUUGAUUCUUGAUGGAUGUAAAAAUUUAGUUGAGGUUCAUGAUUCUGUUGGAUUUCUGGAUAGGCUUGUUGAAUUGAGUUUUGAUCAAUGUUCUAGCCUAAAGAAUUUGCCAAGAAGCUUCAAAUUGAGAUCUCUAGAAUUACUUAAACUUAAAGGAUGUACAAGCCUUGAAAAAUUUCCUGAAAUUGAGUGUGAAAUGGAACAUUUGAAGCGUCUUUGGUUAGAAAGCACCGUAAUAGAAGAGCUACCUUCAUCCAUUACAUACCUCACUGGGCUCAAACAGUUAUAUAUGUAUGGGUGCAAAAGCCUUGUGCGUCUUCCAAUAAACAUUUUUCAGUUGGAACGUCUAGAGAGUGUUGGUGUUGCUAGUUGUCCAAAAUUUGGAAAGAAGGUGAGGCAUAAUGGGCAAUCCAUGCCAUGUACACAGGAAAAUGAAAUUUCACCAGGUACGAAAUUGCUCUCAUUGCUUCCUCCAGUUAUGAGUGCAAGUAUUUCGAAAGUGGAAUGUUUCUCAAUACCAUUUCCAUCUAUGGUGUUGUUACCAGAAUCAAAUUUAUUUAGGACAUUUAAUUUAUCAUCUAGUUUGAGGACUUUAAUUCUAUCUGAGAGUGGUAUUGUUAGCCUUCCUUUAUGCAUAAAAGAAUUUGUUGGAUUGUCUCACCUUUAUUUGGAAGACUGCAAGCAACUUGAAGAAAUUCUACAACUUCCACCAAAUAUAGAAAAGAUUAAUGCUCGUGGGUGCAUGUUAUUGGAACGCUUUCCUCAUGUAUCCGCAGAAUCUUCAUUUGGUACACCUGACUUAAAACGGCUAAGAUGGAUUGACUUAUCCAAUUGCAAUAAAAUACAUGUGAAUGUAGGAAAUCAUGCACCAAAUCCACUAUUGAUUCAGGAACGCUUUGAGAGCAAAACUUCAAGUAGGAUUAUAUAUCCUGGAAGUAAGGUUCCGGAGUGGUUCAAGUAUCGCAAGGAGACUACUUCAUAUAGUAAUUAUUGUGAAGUAGACAUUGAUAAUGCGCCACUGCGUACUCAUGAGAUGGUGGCAUUAGUUUUGUGUUUUGUUGUGGGACCUAUUCCGGUGGGAUUAGAAACUAUUACUGUCUCGAUAAGCGGCCAGCCGAGUAGACAUCAUAUGUGGCUAACUCCUUCAAUAGACCAACAUCUUGUAUGGCUACAAUACAUAACUUCAAAUUCUAUUGAGAUACAACGAAGGUACAAGGAAGGGAAUUCGAACAAUAUGAGGUUUACAUUUGAAAGUUAUUCAAAAGAAGCAAUCUUAAAAAGUGUCGGAGUCCAUCUAAUAUACAAGAAUGACGAUUUUAUGGAUCGUAUUCGACUUUCAAAGAGAUAUCGAGAUGAUGGUGAUCAUAACUUGGAGCUUGAGUGGAACCCACAACAGAAGAGGCAAUCUUCAACCUCGAGCGUUAUGGAUUUGGAGGAUACUGAUGAUGAUUUAAUUAAUGAAGAUUUGGAUUUAGAAAUUCAAGUUGGGUAUGCAUAG